GGGGCCGGGGGGUUGGGGCUUCUCGGCGGCAGCGAAGGCGCCCCUCGCCGACGAUGAAGAGCCUGGUGCCGCAGGCGGCGUCGCUGCUGGAGAAGCUGCUGUUCCUAGUUCACGUCCGGCCCCUGCCCGCGGGCUCCGAUGAGGAACCACCGCCGGCCCCCGGGUACUACGACACCAGCUGCUUCAAGCGGGGCGACCUACUGGAGGUGCCCCGCACCCUCUUCAUCCACUUCGGUAUCUACCUGGGCGAGAACCGCGUCGCCCACCUGAUGCCCGAUAUCCUGCCCGCCCUUACCGGCGAUCGCCGGCAGAUUCAGCAGGUAGUGACCAACAAGCGGCUCAUCCUGGGCGUCAUCACCAAAACGGCCAGCAUCCGCGUAGACACAGUGGAGGACUUCGCCUACGGCGGCAGCAUCCUGGUCAAUCACAUGGACCGGCUCUUCGAGGACCAGGUGCUGGGCAGCGAGGAGGCGGCCCGCCGGGCGGAGAAGCUGGUGGGAGCCACGGCCUACAGCCUGCUUUGGAACAACUGCGAGCAUUUUGUCACCUACUGCCGGUACGGAGCGCCCGUCAGCUUCCAGACCGACAAGUUCUGUGAGACUGUGAAGAUGAUCAUUCGGGACCAGCGGAGUGUUCUUGCUUCGAUGCUUGUGGGAUUAGCAUCAAUAGUCUGCCUAGGCUUGGCACCUUCCACCACGCUCCCCACUAUCUUUAUUCCCUUCUUUCUGUGGAUGGCUGGCUAACAGCCUUCCUGCAAGUUCACAGCCAGGGUCUGUAUAUAAGAUGUAUACUACUGUAUUUAUGAAAGCACAGUACUCAUCAGUGUCUUAACCUUGUGUGCAAUUUUUAAAUGCAACUUUGUCUAUAAUAUAGUGCACAGGGCAUAGCUUACUGUGUAAGCCAAAUAAUAGAUUUCCUGCAAAUCUCGGUAUAUUUUAACACACCUUUAAAUCAUGAAAAAGUAGGGAUGUGAUGCAGUUCUGCUCCUUGCCUGUAGCCAUAAGUGAUUCUGGUAAUAUCCUUCACGUUCUUCAGUUCCUUAGCUGCAUACCUAGGUGCUGUAACUAUUAAUAAAAAUGUAUGAUGGAAUUUUUGAAGUGAUGGAUACUGAGACACUACUUACCUCUUCCUUU